UGCCGUUCCAUACCGCAUGCUCUUGUAGUAUAGGGCUUAGGACAUUUACUUUAUUCUAACAAACUAUUUCCUGUGUAUUUCGCCAACAUCUUGUUUUGAUUCAUCAGGGUCACUGAAGAAAAAGGUUUCUGUAAACAUGCUGCCGAGUCGUUCUCCGCCACACGACUGGCUUGAGGAGUCGGAACCGCUGCUGUUUGAUGACGAGUUUUGCCAGAACUUAAUUAAGGAUCUGCAGUCGAUUCCGACCCCACCGCAGUCUCCACCGAUCAAGGUCGGCCUCGGCAAGUCCUUAUCCAGCGUGGAUCAGCUCGAGUUGGUGUCGGAGCUUUUGCUCGAGGACGGUGACUUUUUGCACUUGAACUGGAAUUCUGAUUUAGGUGAUGUUUGUGCGAGGCAGCCUGACUCGGAUGACUGUCUGUGGCCCUGCGCUGCGGAGAAAUCGCUCGAAGAAAAGACGUCCGUCCUUUCUACGAGUCCUCUGCUGUCGGUUAUCGAUACGGAGAUCUUUGCCGAGCUCGUCGGUUCCACGUUGGAUUGUCGCGGCGCUGCGGCCGCGUGUGAGGCGCUCAUGGAGAGCGAGAACUUCAUCCUGAACACUCCUGAGCUCAGCGAGACCUCCUCCGAUUAUGGCUCCUUGUCUGCGGCCGGAGAAUCAUCCAGCGAUUCUGAGGAGGAGAUUGAUGUGGUGACCGUUCGCCGCUGCAACACAUUCACUCGCUCACAGCAGCAGAAAGAUGAUGACAGACGCGAGCAGGCGCUGAAACGCUGUCACUUUGAGAUCCAGCAGCAACAUAACUACGCCGCUCCUCGGCCCACCUCACCCCCACUUCCUUUGCCGAGUGUAAAACGCGUCCGUGGAAAUACAAGACACUUCACCUCCCGCCAUACCUGUGACCUGGAGGAUGACGAGGAGCGCCGCAGGACCCAUAACGUUAUGGAGCGGCAACGACGUAAUGAGUUGAAGAACUGCUUUCUACGUCUGCGCGAUCACGUGCCUGAGUUGUCAAACAACGACAAAGCAUCCAAGGUGAUGAUACUGAAACGAGCCAAGGAGAGCAUCCGCAACUUGGAAUCAGAGACACAGAGGCUCGGUCAAAAGAGAGACAGGCUGAGAAAGAAACAGGAACAGCUCAAGGCCAGAUUGGAACUGCUCAAACGGCUUUGAGGCUUUUGAAGAAUGUUUUGGGACUUGAUACAUCUGGAAUACUGUUUGGAACAUGGUCAGCAUUCACAGGCUGUCCCAGUGAUGCUGCACAUGAGCAAAGCAGUAUGAUUUAACAACUGUUCAUCUCAACGGAGAUGGCUGGAUUUUUUUUUUUAAAGUUUCUGUAAAGUUGUUCCUGGAGAGAUGCCUCUUCAAUGCAAAAAUUGUUCUUGGAGAAUUUCUUUAAAGCUAUACCAAAACUAUUAGUCUUAAAAUGAGUGGUAUUUUUCUAUAGAGUUUGUUUACCUUAACCCUUUGUCAGUCUAAACCAUCAUUUAAUCUGUGUAAAUUGUGGUCCCUUAUAUUUGUUGAAAAUCUUAAUAGCUUGUAUCCCCCCGACCCAAAGACAGAGCCACACUAGGGAUGUGCAUCUCCAUCGCUGAGGCCGAUGUGAUACACAUCUUGAUGCAAUGCCAGUGAUCUGGUAUAUGUUAAAGGUGGAUAUGAAGCAACUGUUAAUGCAAAACUAUAUAUGAUUUUACCCCAAAUGAAAUGUAGUGCAUUUUGACAUGAUUUUAUUUGGCACAAUGUGAGUCAAUGCUAUGCAAUUCAAGAUUGACUUGCUAAACAUUUGAUUUGUAGCAAUUUGAUAAUGUAUGGCUUUUCUUUCUCCGCCAUGAUUGGUGACACGCCUGGGCAGGCCUGGAACUCACACAAGACUUGGCUGAGAGACUUGAUGAAAAUUGGUUUCAGACAGCAGUGGAGAUAAGAGACAUCAAUCUGAAUAUAAAAUUAUUGGUCAUAUUUCCAAGUCAUAAAGGAAUUGGGCAUCUUCUAAUAAUUGGGUCAGAGUUUACUGAUGCAAAAAUAUUAGAAACGAAUCAUUGAGUUCAUCCAAAAUUGUACCUUUUGCAAUUUUAAUUUUUUUCCCCUUUCCUUAAAUUGAAUCUGGGCAGUCACGUCAUGAACUUUUAUGCUGGUGCACUGAUGUGAAUCAGUGAGUCUUCCCAUCCCCCCCCCAAUGAUCAUGUGCUACUGAUGUAUGAUUUUGGGCUGGAUCCAAAAAUGGCCAGAGUUCUGGGGAUGAAUGUGAUGUCUGUAAGUGGUUUUGUUUUUAAUGGUAAGAUUUAUAAUACAGUCUAGGCAUUUGUGUACUGGAAUGACAAGUCCAUUUGCAUUACCAUUUGUAGUUGGGAGUGUCAUUCAAAACACGAGUGUUCAUAUUUGAAUACAGUUGUCUAGUGUUUUUAUAUAUAUAAUUUUUUUUUUCAUCCUCUUAUCUACCUCUGCCAAAGAGACUGGGAUUAUUAUUGCCUUUAUAAUGGCAACUGUAUAAAAUUCAGGGUUUUUUUUUUUUUUUUUGUCACUUAAUUAUGUAUGAUAAAUUAUUUAGAUCUUUUGUUU